UUUCAAGGGUCAACUAAAUAAAGGCAUAAUCAAGUCCCCAACUGUAAAAGGUGAGCCGCGUACACGUCGGACCACAAUCUUUCCUCAAAGCUCAGGAGGAGGAGGAGGAAGAAGAAGAAGAAGAAGAAGAAGACGAUAGAUCAGAAUGUGAAGUGCGGUUUUGAUUUUUCGGAGUAAAAGGCGAUCAAAAGUAUUCAUCGCAGCUGCUAAACAUGCUCAGAUUUCUACUCCCAUGGCUUCUAAUUCACUGCUUCGUCUUCUCUCUUUCCUCAGCUCGUCCUCAACCAUUUGCUAUGCGCAUAAGCUGUGGGGCUCGGACUGACGUCCACACACUUCCAACAAAUACUCCAUGGUUCAAGGACUUCGCAUAUACAGGAGGGAUACCAGCUAAUGCGACACGCCCAAGUUAUAUCUCUCCUCCUCUUAAAACCCUUCGCUAUUUCCCCUUGUCUGCGGGUCCUGAAAAUUGCUACAUCAUCAACAGAGUGCCAAAGGGACACUACUCUGUGAGGAUCUUCUUUGGGAUUGUUAAACAACCUAAUUUUGACAAUGAACCUCUAUUCGAUGUUUCUGUUGAAGGCACACAAAUUUGUUCACUUAAAUCAGGGUGGAGCAACCACGAUGAACAAACAUUUGCUGAAUCCCUUGUAUUUUUAACGGAUGGCUCUGCCUCUCUCUGCUUUCAUAGCACAGGUCAUGGAGAUCCAGCUAUCCUUGCGAUUGAAAUCCUUCAAGUGGAUGAGAAAGCAUAUUAUUUUGGUUCCAAAUGGAGUCAAGGAAUGAUCCUUAGGACGGCCACAAGACUGAACUGUGGUGCUGGGAAGCCCAAGUUUGAUGCAGAUAAUAAUGGGAACCAUUGGGGUGGGGAUAGAUUUUGGAGUCCUAUUAAAACUUUUGGUCAGCAGUCUGAUCGUAUCAUCUCUGUUGAAACCAGCAUCAAACAAGCUUCAAUUUCGCCAAACUUUUAUCCAGAAGCUCUAUAUCGGUCUGCACUUGUGAGCACCGAUAGUCAACCUGAUUUGACAUAUAUAAUGGAUGUGGAUCCCAAUAGAAACUACUCAAUAUGGUUUCACUUUGCUGAGAUUGAUGGUUCAAUCAGAGAUGUUGGAGAAAGAAUUUUUGACAUCUUGAUUAAUGGCAAUGUUGAAUUCCAAGAUGUGGACAUUUUGAAACUCAGUGGUGGUCCUUAUACUGCUCUUGUACUUAACAGGACUGUAGCUGUCAAUGGGAGGACUUUGACUAUUACCUUGCAGCCUAAAGAAGGCAGUCAUGCCAUAAUCAAUGCCAUUGAGGUGUUUGAAGUUGUUUCAGCUGAAGUAAAAACAUCCCCAGAUGAAGUUAGGGCUUUGCGGAGCCUGAAGAAGGCAUUAGCACUUCCUGUUCGUUUUGGGUGGAAUGGUGAUCCAUGCGUUCCUCAACAACAUCCUUGGAGUGGAGCAGACUGCCAAUACGAUAAAGCUGGAAACAAAUGGGUCAUUGAUGGACUGGGUCUUGACAACCAAGGUCUAACAGGAUUCUUGCCAAAUGAAACAUCUCAACUGCGUUAUCUACAAAGCAUAAAUUUAAGUGGAAACAGCAUCCAUGGUCCCAUUCCAGCCUCACUUGGAACAAUAACCAAGUUAGAAGUUUUGGAUCUAUCCUACAAUUCCUUCAAUGGAUCAAUUCCUGAAAGUCUUGGACAGUUGACAUCAUUACGAAUACUGAAUCUUAAUGGAAACUCUUUGUCCGGAAGAGUGCCUGAUGCUUUAGGUGCAAGGCUUUUGCACAGGGCCAGCUUCAACUUUACUGAUAAUGCCGGUCUCUGUGGUAUACCUGGGCUACCUGCAUGUGGGCCACACCUUUCUAAUGGUGCUAAAAUAGGGAUUGCAUUUGGAGCUUUAAUUAUGUUCUUGCUCAUAAUUACUUUUGUGGUUUGCUGUUGGAAAAGGCGGCAGAAUAUCCUCCGAGUGCAGAAUGCUGCAAGAGAUGCUCCAUAUGCAAAAGCUAGGACCCAUCUAUCUCGUGACAUCCAGAUGACAAUGCAUCACAAUCAAGGCCAUACGAGGGCUCCCACUGAAAAUGGACGUUUGAUUUCCUGAUUCAACUCUUAAAACUGAGCCAUCUUGUCUAGUUGAAGCCAGCUCCUUCCUUGGUAUGACUGCAUUAGGUCGGUUAUGAAUCCAAUUGCACCAAUAAUGGUAAAGAUCCUUGACGCCCCAAUGGAAGUUAAUUCUUGUACAUUGAUACAAUUCUUUACACACUCUUACAACUUGAACCGGAGAUGAGAUGAGAAGUGAAUGCUCAAGAUUUUUGUAGACCAGUAGAGAACUGCUUGCAUACAGAAGAGAAUAUAAAAAAGGAAAAAGAUAACCUUUUCUUCGUAGCAAAGGUUCAGGUAGAGAAAAACCCUUUUCAUUUUUGAACUCCCUCAUGUCCCCAAUUGUAACUUUUAUUAUCCCAUUUUUUUGCAUUUUACUCGUUGAAUACUGUUGAGCAAUUUGAUUUACUAUAUUACAUGAAUACAAGAACGUGUGUUUGAGUCGUUA